AUGAAAGGGGCCCUGGCCCUCUGCGUCGGCAUCAACUCCAUGUCACGCUCCCUGAGCCCAGUGUUCCGACCCGUCCCUGCUGUGUCUCCCCAGACGCUGGACCUCUCCAACAACCAGCUCAGCGAGAUCCCAGCCGCGCUGGCCGACUGCCCGAAGCUGAAGGAGAUCCACUUCCAGGGGAACAAGCUGAGGGACAAGCGCCUGGAGAAGAUGGUGCACGGCUGCCAGACCAAGUCCAUCCUGGAGUACCUGCGAGUCGGCGGCCGCGGGGGUGGGAAGGGCCGGGCCAAGGCCGAGGGCGCCGACAAGGAGGAGAGCCGCAAGAAGAAGCGGGAGAGGAGACCGAAGAGGGAGGGCGGCGAGGAGGGCGAGCUGGAGGCAGUGCACAGGCUGCUGCUGAGGGUGCUGCACGUGUCCGAGAACCCGGCGCCCCUGGUGGUGUGCAUGCACCCCGAGGUCAGGGACGUGCGGCCCUUCAUCGUGGGCGCCGUCGUCAGAGGCAUGGAUCUGCACGCUGCGAACGCACUCAAGCGCUUCCUCGCCGCCCAGACGAAGCUGCACGAGGACCUUUGCGAGAAGAGGACGGCAGCCACCCUCGCCACCCACGACCUCAAGGCCGUCCGAGGGCCUCUGCUCUACGGGGUGCGGCCGCCGCAGGACCUCAAGAUCAUCCCCUUGGGCCGGCGGGAGGUCAAGGCCAAGGACCUGGUGCGGCAGCUCCAGCUGGAGGCUGAGGAGCAGAGGAAGCAAAAGAAGAGGCAGAAUGUCUCAGGCCUGCACAGGUACCUUCACUUACUGGAUGGAAAAGAUAACUACCCCUGCCUAGUGGACGCGGACGGCGAUGUCAUUUCCUUCCCACCCAUCACCAACAGUGAGAAGACGAAGAUUAAAAAGUCCACGUCUGACUUGUUUCUGGAGGUCACCAGCGCCACCAGCCUGCAGAUCUGCAAAGAAGCCAUGGACGCCCUCAUUCUGAAAAUGGCAGAACUCAACAAAUACACUUUGGAAAAUAAAGAGGAAGAAUUGCUCUCAGAUCCUGAAGCUGAUCCCGUUUCUGGACAAUUUCCGGACUCCCAGACUAACUGCAGUACCAAGAAAGAUGGGGCUUCUCCCCUGGUCGUCGAGCAGGUCCGGGUAGUGGAUCCAGACGGGAGCCUGAGGGUUGUGUACCCAUCUAAGACGGACCUGGACUUCACCGCAGCCCACAUUACCGUGAUCCGCUGACCAGCCAUGCCCUGCCCGGCUGCCAGCACCGCCGCUCUCGGUCACAGGUCUUACAGAGGUUCACACGCAAUGUGACAUCCACCCUGACAUUUUCACCUCCAUGCUGCUUAAGGUCUGGGUUCUCUGGCUCAGCCUUUGAGGUGGCCUGUUGUAAAGUGAUCCUGUGUCGUUUCGUGCCUCA